AUGGCGACAGGGAUCUUUUGUAGCUCUCCCAAGCCGGUGACAGAGCCAGCAACGAUCCAGCGUGCCCAUUCUGGUAUUGGCGAUGCAUACAGUGUGGUGCGAUCGACUGGCAGUAUGGCCACCGUGUCUCGAUACCAUGACGAGCCUGAAGUCGAUUACGAUGAUGGAGCCACCGAGUUGUACCAGCGUAUCGAAGGAAAAGACUGGGAUGGCGCUUUGACGAGAAUUGAAAUGGCACCCGCGGAAGCAAAGACUUGGGUGUCGCGUAAGGAACCCACUACCGAAAAAGUCCGAUGGCGAUUGCUGCCUCUUCACGCAACAUGCAUCUUUAGGUCGCCUCUGGCGCUCAUUGAAGCCUUGAUUGACACUUACAAAGAUGGUCCGCAGAUGAAGGACGAUCAAGGAAUGUUGCCGGUACAUUUGGCAUGCCGUAAUGGAGCCUCCAAGGGCGUUGUCCUGACCUUGCUCAACUCCUUCCCGGAUUCCAUCAAGGUUCGUGAUCGUAAAGGGAGGCUUCCCAUUGAUCUCGUCCUCUCCAGUUCCUCAGCCAACAAGGAAGCCGUUCUAUCAGCCAUUCGACGAUUCCAAACGGACUAUGAAAAUGGAAAUUUGGCUUCCCACGGGAUUCAUCACGCAAAGAGCGAACUCACCGGAAUGACCGUGGGUCUCAACCCCAAAGCUCACACAAACGAAGUCGACUAUGAACACAGGACUGUUCUAUUCCGCCUCAUCUUGAAAAAGGACUGGAAGGCAGGGUCCAACCGUGCCAACACCUUUCCCGAUGAAGCAUCCACCUGGAUUGUCACCAAGGGAUUCAAUGGAAACCUGCGCUUUCUCCCUCUGCACAAAGCAUGUGUCUUGCAACCACCCGUGACACUGAUUGAGACAUUAUUGCAUGCCUAUCCAGAAGGAGCCAGGUGCGCCGAUCAAGACGGCUGGUUGCCCAUCCACUGUGCUUGUUUCUACGGUGCCACUGAAACUGUCAUCAACGCCAUUCUCAUUGCCAACCCCAAGGGCGCCCAAUCAAAGGAUGAAGAUGGCCGCUUGCCGUUGCAUUACGCCUGUUUGAAGGGAGCUUCGCAAGGUGUGGUGGAUGUCUUGGUCGGCGCGUUCCCCAAGGGCGCCAUGAGCAAAGACGACGAAGGACGUUUGCCGCUUCACCACGCUUGUUCAAAGGGAGCUUCUGAGGGUGUCAUUGAUGCUCUAUUGAAAGCAUCUCCAAAGGGAGCUCAGUCAAAGGAUGAUCAAGGACGUCUUCCUCUGCACCAUGCUUGCCGAAAGAAUGCAUCGGAACGUAUUAUCAGAACGCUUUUGCGUGUCUACCCCAGGGCUGCCCAAAUCAAGGAUGAUCAAGACAAACUCCCCAUUCACUACGCUUGUCAAAACGGUGCCACGCCAAGUGUAGUCAACCUGCUGCUAACGACCUACCCAGAGAGUAUCAACGUUAAGAACGGAUUUGGGUACACACCAUUGGCAGAAGCACGAGCCCUAGAGAAUCCCAAGAUGGACCCCAUUGUGAAUGUUCUGGAGAAGUUCAAGAAGGAACAGGACAAGAUCAAGGUGGAUUCGGGAGAGAAUGGGAUAAUGGAACAAAAGAUUGCCAAGUUGACUGACCGCGUGGAUCACUUGGAAAUUACACUGGCACGAGUUGGAGACAUUGGAGCCAGUAUCAAACACGAUAUUCACAAGAACAAGGAUCCAUACGACAUUCUUGAAAAGAUGGCCGAAAAGCUGUUAAGCCUGGAAGCAGCAGCUUCAGGUCCACCUUCGAGCACUGGAAAUAGCAGUGGAGGCGGUGGACGGCGAGAACCUGGCCCCACCAAUGCAAAGAAAUCACAACCUGGACCACCUCAGGGCAAGAAUAUUUUUGGACUGAGAAAAAAGAGCCCUGGAGGAAAGAAGGGCAAGAACUAG